AUGAACCGGAGCCGAGCGAGGCGGCUGAGGACACAGACGGAUGACUCCCAGUUAGAGAGGGAGCUUUCCUUAAAGAGAGAGCUGAUGCAGUGUGUGUCUCCUGAGAACUACACCUACUUCUACAAGGGCAAGGAGUACUGGAAGUUCGACAACCAGAAGCUGACGGUGGAGCCCGGAUACCCGAAGUCCAUCCUGCGAGACUGGAUGGGCUGCGAUCAGUCGGACAUGGAGCGCUCUGGCAGCAAAGGGAACCGCGGAGACCGCCAUCUGCCGCUUGACGACGUGGACAUCAUGGUGACCAUCAACGACGUCCCGACGACGGUCAACGCCAUCGCCGUGGUGAUCCCGUGCAUCCUGUCGCUAUGCAUCCUGGUGCUGGUGUACACCAUAUUUCAGUUCAAAAACAAAGGAGUGCAGCAGAGCACCAUUACGCAGCACUACUACAAAUACCCUGUUCAGGAGUGGGUGUGACUUUGACGAGGUCAUGGAUUAAAGAAGACCGUUGGCUAGCUCAUGUUGGCUUUAGGCCAGGAUCGCUAGCAACAAAAACAAUGGAAAGUCAACGCUGAAAGACGCUAAUUGUGCUAGCUUGUGAUGAACAGGCGGACACUGUAGGGUUAGACAUCGAUCAGUCUUAGAGAGAAGUCCGUGCCUGUCUUGUGACACAAGUGUAAAGUGGCAAGUUGUCCGAUUAUGACUUUUUCCCGUUCCUCAGCGGGGAAGGGAGCGAGCGAAGUCCACGGAGACUCCUGGAGGAUCUGAUUGGAUAAGGACAGGAAACACACCUCUCUUUAAGUGAAACGGGGUCUCAUCAGGACUUUGACUUCUCGGACCUGAAACACAACUCUCCUUCUCAGUGGAAAAAAAAUAACAACGAGGAUUCGGGGCGGAAAGAAUACGCUCCUUGAAGCACCUCCAAGUUUGUUCCAACAACAACUUGUACGCGUGAACUACUUCCACUUAACGACAAGAAAAUAAAGAAUAAAAUAUCAAACUUGAAGAAAACAUGUAGGUAGAAAGGCCAUAUAAGAAAAACAAAAAAAACACGGAUCUCUCUCUUGAUCUUUUAAUUUAAUUUGUAUUUAUUUCUACUUGUAUGGACCUGCAACGUUGUGAAAGAGGACCUUCUUCUCUCUUCACGUUACUCAACAAAACAACAUCUUUCUCAGCAUUAACUAAAGGAUUUGUCAACUUUAAACUGCCCUGCUUUGAUUUUCCCAGCAUCGACUGAAGGACUUCUGGAUUUGGAGAACAGCGAGUCGUCAGCAUAUUGAUAGAAAAGAUGAAUGACACUUUAACAGCCUUAUCUCUGUCUCCAAACAUAUGUGCGCAUAUUUAACAAGAUGAACGCAAACCAGGGCUCGUAUUUAUCAAACUUAUAAGUGACUGAAGCAAAGAUUAUUCUGUGUGUGCAUGGAUUGGAUAUUAAUGCGUAAGGCAGGUGUACAAACAACAACAAAACUAAUUGUAUUUAUUUUGUAUCUUUAACUUUGGAAUUGAAUUUUGGAUUUUUUUUUUUUUUUACCAUUUAAGCCAAUUUCCUAAUAAUCGAUCUCUUUUUACAUACUUCAAACAUAUUAAAAUGCUUGUUUACAGAUUGUUAUAUAUUUUAUUAAUUGAUACCUGUGAUUUUGGACUUUUAAAUUACACAUUUUGCACUUACUAUUAAAGCAAUUUUCUAAUAAAUGAACAGUGUGACAUAUAUGAGGUUACACCUUCAGUCUGAUGUAAUUAAGCUUCCCUUAUGUUACACUUUACUACUUGAUAAAUGUCUCUCACACUUAAAAUAACUUUGAGUUUUAAGUGAAUUUAAUUU